CACGUCACAGGAAACCGUUAUUAUUAUGAUUAUCAGCCGACAGCACUCGCAGCUCCAUGGUGCGCUCUACGUGUGUUUAUUAAAUUAUCUGACGUUUGUAAGUAGCUCAGUGAUGGAGGUGAACCGGGAUGAAGCGGAGCGAUGCGUUGAGAUCGCGCUCGGAGCGCUGGAGGACGCGCAGCCGGAGAAAGCGCGCAGGUUCCUGGAGAAAGCGCAGCGGCUUUUCCCGACGCGCAGAGCCCGGGAGCUGCUGGCGUCUCUGGAGCAGAACGGCGAGGCUCGGUCUCAGAGAGCCGCUGAUGGCACAGAAGCUGGUCAGCGCAGGUCAGAGGUCAGCAGUAAUGACUCCAGUAAACCCUACACAGCGGAGCAGGCCGAGGCCGUCACGAGAAUAAAGCAGUGUAAGAACUACUACGAGACUCUGGGCGUGCAGAAAGAUGCUUCAGAAGACGAUCUUAAGAAAGCCUACAGGAAGCUGGCGUUAAAGUUUCACCCUGAUAAGAAUCACGCUCCGGGAGCCACGGAGGCCUUUAAAGCGAUAGGAAACGCGUACGCAGUUCUGUCUAAUGUGGAGAAGAGACGACAGUACGAUCAGUUCGGCUCGGGCCGCUCCAGCCAGACCAGCGACACACACUUCGAGGCCGAUAUUUCUCCUGAAGAUCUCUUCAACAUGUUCUUCGGAGGAGGCUUUCCUUCCAGUAAUGUUCACAUGUACAGUAAUGGACGGAUGCGCUUUAAUCAGAAUCAGGGCGAGAGAGCAGAACACCGAGGGGGCGAUCUUGCUCUUCUCAUGCAGUUGAUGCCCAUCCUCAUCCUCGUCUUCGUAUCAGCGCUCAGUCAGAUGAUGGUGACCAACCCUCCUUACAGCCUCAGCUUCAGACCGUCAGCGGGUCACACACACAAGCGCGUGACGGAGAAUCUGGGCGUGACGUAUUACGUGAACGAGCGUUUCUUGCAGGACUACAGCGGCGCGAGUCUGAAACGAGUCGAGAGCAGCGUAGAGGAAGACUACAUCUCCAACCUCAGGAACAACUGCUGGAGAGAGAGACAACAGAAGGAGGGUCUUCUGUACCGUGCACGGUAUUUCGGGGACAGUGGUCUGUACCAGCGAGCUCAGCGGAUGGGAACCCCGAGCUGCUCUCGGCUGUCUGAGGUUCAGGCGUCUCUACACUGAUAGAUGCUGCUUCACUUCACUAUCUGGUUCCAAAAACAAUCUCUCCAGUCUGGAAUAUGGAAGAACGCCAAACGGAUUGUAAAUACAUCUGUUCGAAAAACAGGGCUGAACUUGAACUGUGUAUAUUAUCUGAACUUGACUAGAAAGACUUACUGAGGGCUGAAGCUGUGUGUGUGUGUGUGUGUGUGUGUGUGUGUGUGUGUGUGUGAAACCGGAGCUGGUGUUUUGGACUCCUGUGGAUGAAGGACGUUCCUCACAGUCUGAAUGUUCUGGCCCUGGAUUAAAGUUCAUGGUGUCGUUUCUCUAAAUUCAGCAUCAUUUUCAGCUCUGGCAGGAAACAACAAUCUGGUUCUGCAUUAUUGAACAGACUGGAGAUCUAUCUGCAUAUUUAUUUGAGUUUGUUUAGAUCGAGAUCAUGUCUUUUUAAUGGUUUAUAUUUGUAUGUUUGAGAUUUAUCUAUGCAGGGAUCUUACUGAUUAAAUUAUUGCGUAUGUGUCUGACUUCAUCUGUGCUGCGUGUUAGGAGUAACUACAACUGCUGUACACAGGUCUUAUUUAUUAAAGGAUUAAAUAGGAAUAUUUAUUUCAUAUGAGGUUUUAUUUUCUACAUGACUUUAGUGAAACUAUUUCAUCGCUGACAGAGACUGCACUGCAAUUAUUUCACUGAGUACAAAUAAAGAUUGUACGUGCCACUGUA